AUGGGGGGCCUGGAGCAGCUCCAGAUGGAGGACAAGGUGAAGGCAAUCAUGGCUCAGCCUCACACAGAGGGCCGGGCCAUGCCCCCGGCCCGCCCCCGGCCCCGGGCGGGGCUGCCCCGUGCCCGGCCCCGGCCGUCCCGCCGCGGUCUCGCCUCCGCCCAGCUCGGGCUGUACUGGCGGUGGCGCUGCUGGGCGGGCAUCAGUGCCUGGGGCGGGGGCGGCAUCGCCGCCCUUCGGCUCCGCCUGGCCCGAGCGCGGCCCCGGCCCCGAGGCAGGCUCCAGUCCCGGCCCCGGCCCCAGCCCCAGCCCCGACCCCGGCCCCGACCCCGGCCUCGGCCCCGGCCCCGGCCCAGCCCCCUCCUCCCGGGGAUCGCGGAGGACACAGGUGGCGCGGCCGCUCCCGCCGCCUCCGCUGCGGCUUCCCCGGCCCGAGCUCCGGCGCUCGGCAGCGCGGCCGCCGGCCCCGAGCCUCCCGUGCCGCGUUCCCGGGAGCGAACGCUUGGGCAUGGCCGGCCCGGGGCGGGUGAGGGGCGCUCGGGGGCCGCUGCUGGCCCCAGGCCGAGCGCUGACAGCCGCGUCCCGCCCGCAGGGACGGCGCAGGAGGCCCUGCAGGAGCGGUACCGGCUGGGCUCGCUGCUGGGGCGCGGCGGCUUCGGCAGAGUCUUCGCGGCCACGAGGCUCUCGGACGGAGCCCCGGUGGCCAUCAAAAGGGUGCCACGGAACCGCGUCCGGCACUGGGGCGAGCUGCCCGACGGCACCAGCGCACCCCUGGAGAUCGUGCUGUUGGCCAAGGUGUCCACUGGCUUCCCCGGUGUGGUCCAGCUGCUGGAGUGGCUCGAGCUCCCCAACUGCAUCGUGAUGGUGCUGGAGCGGCCAGAGCAGUGUCAGGACCUGCAUCGUUUCAUUGGGGCACGGCGGUUCCUGCCCGAGGAGGAGGCGCGGGAGCUGUUCCGCCAGGUGCUGGAGGCCGUGCGGCACUGCACCAGCUGCGGGGUCCUGCACAGGGACAUCAAGCCAGAGAACAUCCUGGUUGACCUGGACACCGGGCAGGCCAAACUCAUUGACUUUGGCUGUGGCACCUACCUGCAGGACACAGUCUACACUCACUUUGCAGGAACACUGUCCUACAGCCCCCCGGAAUGGAACGACUUUGGCUGGUACCAUGGCGAGGCAGCAACGGUCUGGUCCCUGGGCAUCCUGCUGCACCAGAUGGUCUGCGGGGAGCACCCUUUCAGCAGGGGCCGGAACCUCAGCUGGGGCCAGCUCCCGCUGCCACAAAGGCUCUCUCAAGAGUGCAAAGAUCUGAUCAGGUGGUGUUUAUCUGUGAACUCCUUGGACAGACCCGCACUGGAAGACCUGUUCUUUUAUCCUUGGAUGUGGGAUAUUCCUCUGCCAUAG